ACCUGAUUGCCGUGCAGCCAUUUUGUCUCUGGGAGUGAAAUACAAUAUAUAUUAAAUAAACCGGAAUGAUAAAAACCAACAAAAGGAGGCAAAGUAAUUGAGGGCGCUAAUCUGAGGGCAAUUAGAGAGAAAAACGGGAAAAAGGCGGGCCGCAUUUACGAAUACAGACUCUAGCCCUUAAGUGUCGGGUACACGGGGGCUCUUGAUAGAUCGAAAUCUGCUUUUUCCCUCUCUCUCUCCUGUUCGCUGCGAAAUUCCGGAACCAGGAGAGACUUUCUCAUGUGAAGACAGCCAGUCGCGGUUUCUAGUUUUGUGAUACAAGCAGCAUUUUUUUCUUAUUUUUUCCGUAAUUAUCUUAGCAAACUUUUGUUUGUGUAAUGCUUUCGUUUGUAUCUUGAAAAAGUUUGAUUUUUUCCUUGCCCUUUUCUGCGGGGCGGGGAGCGGAAGAGACCAUAUACUUUUUGACAGCUGAACUUUCAAUUCAUUUUCGUUGUCCGUUGGUGUUUUUUCAGGUCUGAUUGCUGGUUUUUGUGUGUAUCUGUGUUAAUAUACGUAGGCGUAUGCCUAUGUCGUGUAACGAAUCGGUAGUUGGACUCGAAUGGAAAAUAAUACAUUGAUGUAUAUUGAAAUUGUAAAUUCUUAGGCCUUUUCUACAACUUUGAUUCCCUUGUUUAUACCUCAGCUCGUUCGACCGUUUUAUCUUAGCGGUUUGCUCCUUUUCUUCCUCGUGUCAACAUGUCAGGCCAGUCGAUCACAGACAGGAUUGUUUCCGCUCAGCACAGCAUGACUGGAUCAGCCAUCAGCAAAGCGGUGUGUAAAGCCACGACACAUGAAGUAAGCGGACCCAAGAAGAAGCACCUGGACUAUCUGAUUCACUGUACAAAUGAAAUGAAUGUAAAUAUACCACAGCUGGCAGAUACACUUUUUGAGAGAACAGCCAACAGCAGCUGGGUUGUGGUAUUCAAAGCUCUAAUUACAACUCAUCACCUCAUGAUGUACGGGAAUGAGCGUUUUAUCCAGUACUUGGCUUCCAGAAACACACUGUUUAAUUUAAAUAACUUCUUGGACAAAGGUGCAAUGCAGGGUUAUGAUAUGUCCACAUUUAUUAGACGCUACAGCAGGUAUCUGAAUGAGAAGGCUCUCUCCUACAGACUUGUUGCUGUUGAUUUCACCAAAAUGAAAAGGGGGAUUGAUGGAGUCAUGAGAACAAUGAACACGGAGAAGUUGAUAAAAACUCUCCCUAUCAUUCAAAACCAGCUGGAUGCAUUGCUUGAUUUUGAAGCAAACCCCAAUGAGCUGACCAAUGGAGUUAUCAAUGCUGCCUUCAUGCUGCUCUUCAAAGACUCAAUCAGACUCUUUGCUGCAUACAAUGAAGGUGUCAUUAACUUGCUGGAGAAAUAUUUUGACAUGAAAAAGAACCAGUGCAAAGAAGCCCUCGAUAUUUAUAAGAAAUUCCUCUACAGGAUGACAAAGCUGUCAGAGUUUUUGAAAGUUGCUGAGCAAGUUGGAAUUGAUCAGGGUGACAUUCCAGAUCUUACACAGGCCCCAAGUAGUCUCUUAGAAGCUCUUGAGCAGCAUCUAGCAUCUCUGGAAGGCAAGAAAACCAAGGAGUUAUCAGCAGCAAGCAGAGCAAGCACCUUGUCCAGUGCUGUAUCCACUCUUUCAAACACAGGCAUGUCUUUUAGCCGUAUGGAUGAGAAGGAAAAACAACAAGCACUAGAGGAGGAACAGGCUAGGUUACAGUCGCUCAAGGAGCAGCGCCUGAAGGAGAUUGGAAUGCAGACUCCCUCAGUUUCCCCCAGCACUCAGUCAGGGGGUAGUGCCAAUAUCAGCAGUGCUCUGGAUUUGUUUUCUACUCCUGCAGCAGCUCCAUCUACCAAUAGCAUGCCAAACCUCACCAGUGACUUCUUUGACCUUCAACCUGCGUUUGUCCCCACUGUUCAGAGCACCCCAGCCAUCUCCACAGCCGUCAGCAGUGCCUGGGGAGGUAUUAAUCCCCAUUCAGUGCCACAGACUGUUCAGAUUCCCACAAUGAAUGUAGAUUUUGAUGCUGUAUUUGGAGCUAAAGUUACCAAUAAUGAUGUGAAGACCACAAGUGAAGACCUCCUGAAGCCUACAGUGUCGGUACAAAGUCAGUCUUCUGCCCCAACGCAUCAACAAAACAGCAAAUUGCUUGCAAGUGAUCUUGACUCAUCUCUUGCCAAUCUUGUUGGAAAUCUUAAUUUUUGUGGAACACCAGUCAAAAAGCCAGACAUGCAGUGGAACCAACCUGGUGAGAAAAAACUGACGGGAGGAACACAUUGGCAAUCAAAAACUAUGCCAACAACAACAGGGUGGAGCCCAGCAGGUAUUGGCCCAGGUCCAGCACCAGUGCCAGUACCACAAAUGAAUGGAGUACUCUAUACAGGAUAUCCACCAGCAGCCCCUAUGGCAUUCCCAAUGACAUCACCACAAGUGCCUGUCUAUGGAAUGGUCCCUCCUCAAAUGGGAGCUGUUCCAAUGAUGGCCCCCCAGCCAAUGAUGUUCAACCAGCAGGUCUUAAGGCCCACAAAUCCUUUUGCUCCUGUCCCUGGUGCUCAGAUGCAGUUUAUGUAGAAAACAAGAAGCAAUGUGGCAGAAGUUACUAUCAACACCAAAUACCAGGAGACGGCUGGAAGGACGUAGCACAUUGACUUCAAACUGUUGUAUUCUUACUGCUCCAGUAAUUUAUCCCUCCACUCACUAUUAUUUUUCCACAUCCAUUUGAAGCAGAUCAAAGCAGACGUCUCUGUUCUGAUUCUUUGUUUACCUGAAGGAAGAGCCUGGUGCUUUCAGUUUGUUACUAAGGUGUGUGAAGUUAAAGGAGAAUAAUCUGAAAAAAAAUGUGGAUUGGGACCAGGAGUUUUGGAAUGAUGGAUGAAUGGAUGAUGGUUCAGAGAAACAAAUAAUUAAACAUGCACUCUCUGUCGCCCUUUGAUCUUUGAAAUUCUUAUAUCUAUGAACCAGAUUAGUCUGCCAUUCUUUUACACUAAAAACAGAAAAAAAUUGAUUUGAUGUUUAAAAAAAAAAAAAAUUAAGAAACUAAGGGAUUUACACUUUUUAGAUUAGUGGAUUCAUAUAGCAUUUGUUUUAAUAAGUUGAAGUUUCUUUAUCAGUCAUUUCUUUGGAAUUGCAGUACAGCAGGCCCAGAAGAUUUUUGUUUAUGACCCAAGUGAAACUUUCAUAUAUUCACAUAUCGUCUUGGGUAAUCAGUACAUAAAAAUGUAUUCUUGUAAAUUGCAGUUUAUGCCACUUCAUCCUUUUCAGUUAUGGUUUUCCUUGCUUAAUGGGCUUAUGCACAUUCUACAGUCAAACAAAAGCCAAACCUGGUACAAUACAUAAAUACUUAAAAGAUUCAGGAUGCAGAAGGACAGUAAAAUGUAUUUUUUAAUUCUAAAACUGUUUCCAGGCAAUUGAAGAACUGAUUUUGUGUCUGUGUUCUCAGGUUUGCUUAAAGGUGUUUUUCAUGCAAGAACCGUUUCUUUCAUAUGACCUUAAUGGUGGUGUCUGUCAUACACAGGGUAAAACAAUAUUAGUGCUGAGCACAACAAUAAAAAAACAAAAAUUGCAUAUUUCAGGUUAAACGGACUUGUAAAACCAUUUUGGAAUAUCUUUUGUGUUUUGCUUAAGCUCACCUGUUAGCAAUACUUAGAUUUAAAAAUAACAUAACAGGUCUUUCUCCUUAAGUGGCUCUGUAAUUGGAAAUAAUAGUACAGUAAUCCCUCACUUAUCGCGGGAGAUAGGUUCCAAGGCCGACCGCGAUAACUGAAUUUCCGCGAAGUAGGGACACUAUAUUUAUUUAAUUAUUUAACGUGUAUUUGGACAUUUUUAAACCCUCCCUGUAUUGUUUACAACCCACCAUUUACUCUAUUAAAAACAGGAACAACUGCUAAGCAAUAUGAAAUCGGUAGAUAAGUUUACACUUACUGUAUAGCGAAGUACACGUAGCAGCUUGUAGGAGGUCAUGACGUCGUCGACCUUGUUGCAAAGAUUCCUAAAGCAGAUUCCAUCCAGACUACUGCCUUAUCACGUCCACUUGCAACUCGUUUUGCACCCUGGUUAAAGGACACUGCGGCUGUAGAUCUUAUAUGCUUUUCCUCCUUUUUUAAAUAAAGAGAAUCGAUGUCCUGCAGCGGUGUAGCUGUUCCCUUCCUUCAACAUAUCCAAAACUUUUACCUUUUCUGCAAUCAUUUGCAUCUUCUGUUGGUGCUUGGACACGGCCCCUGAAGCAUUAGCACGUUAAUGAUGAAUGAGUGAGAUGAGACUUCCUGGUUAAUGCAACACUCGUCACUGAGCCAAUCAGCAGCACACAGGAACUUAACUGCGUGCUCUGAUUGGGUAGCUUCUCAGCAAUCCGCCAAUAGCAUUUCUUGUAUGAAAUCAACUGGGCAAACCAAGUGAGGAAGCAAGUAAACAGACCCAUUGUCCGCAGAAACCCGCGAAGCAGCGAAAAAUCCGCGUUAUGUAUUUAGAUAUGCUUACAUAUAAAAUCCGCGAAGUCGUGAAUCCGCGAAAAGUGAACCACGAUGUAGCGAGGGAUUACUGUAUUUACAAAAAUAUUUGUGCGCUCUAUUUUUGGUCUUACAUUGAUUUCAGACCAGAAACUGUGUGCCAAACUGACCAGUGGGUGGCACCAAAGGACUGUGAAAUGUAAGAGCCAGUGUUGUUGAACUAGUAAAAGGAACUGGCAAACUAAACAGUAUUAGGUGGUCUUGACUUGUCUGGCUCAAUUAUGAUUUUUGCACCUUUUUGACAGAACGUCCGAACCUUGUGCAAUACAUUAAAACAUGCCUCUGAUGUAAUGUGAAUUCUUAGACGAAAUUAAGGAAUUUCUUUUGGUUUUCAAUGCCCAUCACAGAUACUGCUCUAUUGUGUCUUCUAGGUUUUACUUUGCGUGAUUUGAUUUAUCCUUGUCAGUACAAGGAAGAGUUUUAUGGCUUAACGCUGACUGUUCUCAAAAUGCAUUGAUAACUCCACAAUUACACACUUGUACUGCCUGGCUUUCAGCUUUGUAGACUGAUAAAAACGGUCUCACCCAGUUCUGUCCAAUCUCAAUGUCCAUUAGCACUUUCCUUGGUUCACAAAUUAGCACCGGCUGGCACUUGCCUGGUUAAUGGGAGUAGCUGCAUCUGUGGUAUGCAGGCGAUUUGAAUGUGGUGUUAUUGUGUAUAGUUAAGGUCUUUGGACUGUGUCCAGUGUUAACUGCAUUACCUGUGUAAAGAAAGCAAGGAUCUAGUGGUCAAAGUGUAGUUGUCUCAGCUUAACGCCUGACUAAGUUUUUUGUCCGUGUUGCUGAACUGAGUGACCAAUGAAGCAGAACCUGAAAGACAAAGAGUCAAAGGGUUAGAUUUUAUCUGUCACUUUGUGCCACAUUUUCCUUAAUGUCAAUCUAUUGAUGUUUUUGCCCAGAUAUAUACAACCAAAAUAACACAAGUAAUUCCGAUGAUCAUGCUGGCCAGAAAGAGACACUUUAAACCAAAGAGCCACCUUCCUCUGUACAGUAGUAUAUCUUAACCAACCUGAGCACUUACCUUGAGUCAUACAUGUGGCCAAUGGAACUCAAGUAGUAAACGUAUAGAGAUGGGAACUCUCUAGCAAGAACAAUGAAGCCUUUCAGGUUGGGUCCUUGAAUGCCGCUUCAUUUCGACUUGAAUGUGUCGCUGCCAACUCCAGCCUACAAACCUGUAACAGGCCAACAAUUGAGGCUACUCUGGCAUGAGUGGAAGCCUCAAGUGAAUAGCAGAAAGCAUGCAGAUGCAGUUCUGUGGAGGAAGAAGCUUUCCAUAUCUUGGUCUUUUGCUGGUUUUCUAAUCCUUUGUACCCAUCUUUUUGCCACAGAUCUGCAGGCUGUUUCAGGGCCCAAACGACCUCCCUGCACAAGUCCCAGACCCCCCACACCCCCAGGUUGGCCCAGCUGCUUUCCUGUCUAAAGAUUUUGUUCUUGCAGCCUUUUUUCCAGGCUGCUGCACUUUUGUCUCCAAUAUCGGCUCACAUUCACACUCUCCAUAAAAGAACAAGCGGACAGUGGGGUGCUACAUCAUACUUUUGCGUGUUUUUUUUUUUUCUUUUUUUUAAUUGAAAUAUGCCAAAAUUAUUCCUGUGAUUUAGAAAGCACAUUCCUUUAAACAAUGUAUUUAUUUAUAAUAGAAGUGUGUUGGGAUAUAAUGCCAUGUAGAAAACCUAUUCCAAAUAAAAAGAAGCAUUUAUUUUAUAUGCA